CAGAAGCCGCAGAAGAAGAGGCAGUUGCGGGAAAACUGAAGCAGACGAGACUUGUUUAUGAAAAGCUUCUGAAGAGACCAUGAAAACCCCAAAAGCUGCAGAUGUCAAAAGGGGGAUUGCGGUGCUCUGGGAGACUCUGCAGUGUCCCAUAUGUCUGGAUUUAAUGAUAACACCUGUAUCUACAAAAUGUGACCAUCAGUUUUGCAAACUUUGUAUGACAAAGCUUUUGGACAGCGCAAAACAAAAAGAGGCAAACUGUCCGGUUUGCAAGACCAAGAUUACUAAAAGGAGUUUGCAGGAGAGCCCUGGGUUUCAAAGGCUUGUAGCAGGAUUGCAGGAUAUGAUUCAAGCCUAUGAGUUUGACACUUGCACAAAUUACUUUACUGGAUUGUCCCAGCAAAGAAGACCCCCAAUUGGCACAGAGGCAAAAGUUGCAUCAUCUGGAGAUACAUCUGGCAAUGGCCUUGGAAACAGUGAAGGUGCUGACCAUGAUGAUCUUUCAAGGUCUCCCUCCUCAACUAUAGCAGCCCUGCAUGGAUUUGCAAAGCUCAUGGGUCUUAAAGAGUCAUUCCCUUCUAACGAGGGCCUGGAUAGUGGUCUUGGAGAUGCCCCACCAGCCUCAGAAAAUAAAAUGCACAGCCCUGUUGUUUGUAAUAUGGUGGAAUCAAUAGAUACAGAAAUGUCAGAGGUUGUUGGAGGCAAAAAGAAAAUUACACAAUUUGACAAUCCAUCACCUGAUCCAGUAUUAAUUCCAGAUGAAGAGCAACACCAACCUUUAAGACAAUCUAAAAGGAAAAAUAAAAAGAAGGAUUCAGAGCGUGAUAAGAUUCUUCAACAGAGACAGAAGAAAAGUGUAGAGAAAGUCUCUGAGUGGCUCAUGAAAGUUCCACCAACUGAAGAAAAUUUUGAAUUAGAAAAAAACACUGAAGACACUUCAGACACAGAAUACCCUGACUGUCUUUCAUGUAGCUCUUCUUCCUCAUCCACAAUAAAAAUCAACCGGGACAAAAGUGAUGUGAAUCUUACAAGACAGAGGACAAGCGCUAAAGCCCUUGAAGACCAGGUGUUCGGGACUGUCUACAAGCGAGAGCAGAGGAGGAACAGGGCUAUCUCUGCACAGCCAGUAGUUUUUGUGGACCCACCACAACUCUCACCAUUUGAAGCAACACAGACUCCUGAAAUUUCCAGGAGAAAAAGCAGCAAAAACAAUCUCACCCCUGCUGAUUUUGUCAAGAAACCCUACUCUGAAGAUAAAAAUGAAAGGGGCUUGGAUGAACAGCCACAAAAUGAGGAACAAGCAAAUAAUACUGACAUUUCAAAAGAUACAGAACAGAUGCCGAUGGACUUAAAUGAUUGCAUAAAUAGCACAGAGAAUUUGGGGGAAGAACUGAAUAAAUUGCGAGAGACUGACAAUAAUAACAAAGAUGAAGCUGACAGUGCUGUAUCUGAUAUUGAGCUACAUCAACCUGAAAGAAAUUCAAACAAAGGGAUACAAAACAUUUUGCAGCAUCUUGAUAGUGAUUUGCAAAAACAGGCUGAGACAAAGUUGGAAGGUGCUGAGAAAAAGAAAAUGGGCAAGAAGAAAGGUAAAAAGGCUAAGCUGGACAAGAGCAAAUCUGCUAGAGUGCCUAAGCCCCUUGUUCUUGUUGGUGUUCAAGAUGAAGGACAUAGUCCAGUUGAGAUACUUAAGCCUAGACCUGGUUCAGAAGACGUACAGAUUCAUAUCGAGAAUUACCCUAGUAGUGAAGACCCAGAAACUACAGUCAUGAGGAGCACCAGGAGAAGUAGAAGACUUAAGUUCUUUACUGAGGAAGUCCAGGCAAGUCACAAGAAAGCAUGUGCACCAAAAAACACAAAGGCCCAGGUAUCUGGCAAUGGCAGCAACAUGGUGAAACCAUCUGAAGAAGCGUCAGCUAGUACAUCAGAUGAUAUGACUUCACAUGAAAAUGGACAGAAGGCAACAUUGGCUAAGAGAAAUGGAUGUAUUUGUGAUGAGGAUAUAGGAGGAAUUGAGAAAAUGGAGUCUAGCACAAGUGCAUCAAUGCAUUUGAGAACAGAAGCACUUGCCUCUGCUGAAGAAUCUGUUGUUGAAGUCCCAAAUACUGCAAGUCCGUCUGAAGCUAGUGCUGCUUGUUUUGUGCCAAUGGUCCCAAGUACCAGAAGUCCACCUGAAGCAACUGUGGUAGAUCCAGCUUUUGAAAGUGUUGGUGCAAUUAAGCCAUCUUCAAACAAUACUCUGCUCAUAAAAGAUCAGUUGGAGAGCUCAGCUUGUGAGGAAAAAUUUGUUGAAAUGGAACAAGAGGAGGACAAGAACGACAGCGAGCUAGACACAGAGCAAUUGCUUAAGAGUUUCAAAGCCACAAAAAGGAAGUCUUUCCAUCUUGGUGGUCCAAAUGCGAAAAGAAGCCAUCUUGGUUUAGACAAAGAAAAUCUGCAGAGUGCUACACCAGGGGAAAACUGUCACGCUGGUCCUGGAACAAAAUCUGUGACAAAUCAGACAUUCAUAAAUGAAAAGGAGUCUUCCAUCACCCACCAGGAAGAUAAAGGAGAAAUUGAAAAUUCAUCCUGUAAUGAUGUGAUUUCUCCUUCUAACUCGCCCAUCCAUAAUGCACACAAGCCAAGACUUAACCCUGAAAUAGGGCAGAAGAAAACAGUGGCCAAAUCAGAUCAAGUGGCAGUGGAAGGCUCAAUCCACGAUACUGCUGUGUCAACUCAGGAAAGUGCUGUGGUCUCUCUCUCCAGGAGUACUGUUAGUAGUGGUCUGAGUCCUAAUGAAGUGGCAAAAAGUCAAACUGAAGGUCUCCAUAUUUCAAAAAACAAUUCUGGACUGCACUUCAGACUCUUUGGCUUGUCUGGGGAGGAUUUGCUAAAUGGGACCCCUUUGUCUUCAAAGCAUUCUCAAAUCACUGAGAAUCAGCCAGUCUGUACCACGAAGGAAAUCGGAGAAAUGAAUCAGAUUGACAUAAGAGACAGUAUUUCACUUGACAAUGGUGCUGUCACUGAAAAACCUUGUACAGAGAACACAGUUAAACAUGUAGUCAACACGGAAUCGUCCUUAACUCCUGAUGGCCUCAUAUCAGAAGUGCACAAAACGAUGGCAAGUACCCAAGGAAGCGGUGAACUCAGUGCCUGUUCCCCCAUCAAGACCAGAACAAGGAAGAGAAAAAGGUGUCAAAAGCUAGAGUCCUCAUCUGAGUCAGACGACAGUAUAGCGGAAGAGGACCUGCCUACCUUAGCACAGAUUUUCAGAACCACUGCUCCAUCUGCAGUGGAGAAGGAGUCUUCAUGUUUGCCUGAUGGCCAUGCUCAGGAUCAGGGAGACUUGAACAAAGCCGAUAAUAGUGAUGGUGCAUGUGUUAAAGCUGAUGAGCAGAUGAGCCAUCCACCUGCGUGCCCCAGCCCGGACUGUGUUGAUUCCAGCCAAGGAUCUGUGGACUUGUUUGGCACACCAGAUGAAUGUGAGGUCCCAGCAAAUGGCACUGAGGUUUCCAUGGAAUCAUCACAAUUUUCAAAUGAAGUCCUUGUUACGCAGCAAAAGAUAGCGAUGAAGGAGGAGCUGGUUAGGCUGGAGAAAUUGAUGGCUCUGGUGUCAGAGGUGCUUCAGGAGAAGGAGAGUGAUCCCGCCGUCAAAGUCCCCGCAGAAAUCCCAGUGAAACAGCAAAGCAACAAAUCCACAGGUCAUAGCAACCACACACCCCUUCCAUGUGAGCAGAGCGCAAACCCCAGUUCAGACAGGGAAGCUCCCCCAGGCACAGGAAGAGAGCCCUCCACAGUGACCCCUGGUCCAGGAGCAGCUGAUGGCAGCACCGCAGGGACGGCGGUACAGCAUUUGGUACACACAGAGCCUCGCAUAAGAGGCAGCAGAGUUACGAAGAUUUCGAGUUCAGAUUCAGGAGUCACCCCAGCCAACAAAGUGCUAAAGAACAGCGGUCCAGAAUCAGCGGCACAAGAAGACAAAGAGACUAAUGUCAAAGCCACAAGCACAUCCUUAGCACAAGCUGCUCAAAGAGGGAAGAGUGGAGCUAAGCUGGUGCUGGUGUCAUCAGGAUUAGCUUCCAGUGAACAGGUAAUGGUAAAAAAGUUUGCCAAGAGAGUUGGUGGUCAUGUUGUUUCCCAGGUGACAACAGAGGUGACCCAUGUCAUAAUGCACACAGAUGAGCAACUGGUAUGCGAGCGCACACUAAAGUACUUCCUUGGCAUUGCAGGCAGGAAGUGGGUGAUGAGUUUCCAAUGGAUUUCCGAAUGCUUCAAACAAGGCAGACUCUUAGAUGAGAGUCCCUUUGAAGUGCGAGGUGAUGUGGUGAACGGGCCCAGUCACCAGGGCCCCAUGAGAGCUCGCACCACUGGGGCCGACAGUCUGCUCAUGAAGGGCUACAAGAUCUGCUUCCAGGGACCCUUCACAGACAUGACCACAGAUCAAAUGGAAUGGAUGGUAGAGCUCUGUGGAGCAGCUGUAGUGAAAGAUCCACUUCUCCUCAACAGUAAACAGAAGUCCCACCAGCUUGUGAUCGUGCAGCCUGGGUCAGAAUCAUCGCCGUCCAAAUUCAGCGCUCUCCUGAAGCGAGCCACAGUGCUGACCCGCGGUUGGCUGCUGGAUACCGUGGCAACCUACACACUCCAGAGCUUUAACAACUACACACCCUGAACUGGCCGACCUUUCGCAUCCUCAGCUCCCCUCUGAGACUUGUUUUCUUCUUAUGACCCAACUUUUUAUACUCAAUAAGUAAACUUUCACCAAGCCAUUCUGUUGAGGAACUGAAAGCGCUGUGUGAUUUACAAAUGUGUGUGAUGUACAUAAAGUUUAUUUA